UAAAGAGCAGGAGGGUGUUUUACAGACACGCUAUCCGCCGGACACAACUCAGAAGAGAAGCCCUGCGAAAUCUGUGCCAGAAUGAAAAUUGCAGACAUCAAAGCAUCUCAAGGCUGCUGCAGCUGCUUUUGGAGACUGACAGGAUGUGGAUGACAAACAUUGUGGCUUUUUGUCUGCUGGCCCUCGUGGCCUCUGCAGAGGAGAAGAAGCUGAGCAGCCACGCCACCACGCUGGCUGAUAGCAGCGCCAAUCUGGCCUUCAGGCUCUACCACAACAUGGUAAAGGAGAAAGACGCGGAGAACAUCCUCAUCUCUCCUCUGGUGGUGGCCUCCUCUCUGGGAUUGGUGGCUCUCGGUGGCAAGGCCUCCACCGCCUCCCAGGUCAAAACCGUCCUCAGUGCUGACAAACUGAAGGACGAGCAUCUGCAUGCAGGCCUGUCCGAGCUGCUCUCUGAGGUGAGCGACGCCAAGACACGAAACACUACCUGGAAGAUCAACAACCGCCUCUAUGGCCCCAGCUCCGUCUCCUUCGCUGACGAUUUUGUGAAAAACAGCAAGAAGCAUUACAACUACGACCAUUCAAAAAUAAACCUCCGAGACAAGAGGAGUGCGGUGAACUCCAUCAACGAGUGGGCAGCCAAGGUCACAGAUGGCAAGCUGCCGGAGGUCACCAAGGAUGUGCAGAACCCAGAUGGAGCCACGAUUGUCAACGCCAUGUUCUUGAAGCCUCACUGGGAUGAGACGUUCAACGAUAAAAUGGUGGACAACCGUGUUUUCCUGGUUACCCGCUCCUUCACCGUCGAGGUUCCCAUGAUGCAUCGUACAGGUCUGUAUGACUUCCACGAUGACACAGAGAACGGCAUCUAUGUGCUGAGCAUGCCUCUGGGCCAGAAGCAGGCCUCUAUGAUCAUUAUCAUGCCCUACCUGAUGGAGCCCCUGGCACGCCUGGAGAAACUCCUGACCAGGAAGCAGGUGGACACCUGGAUCAGCAAGUCGGAAAGCAAGGCUGUGGCCAUUUCCCUCCCCAAAAUUGCAAUGGAAUUUAGCCACAACCUGCAGAAACAUCUGGCUGAGCUUGGCCUGACCGAGGCCGUGGACAAAUCCAAGGCUGAUUUGUCCAACAUCUCCGGAAAGAAGGACCUCUACCUGUCCAACGUCUUCCACGCGUCGGCCCUGGAGCUGGACGUGAAGGGAAACCCGUUCGACACCAGCAUCUACGGCUCUGGCAAGCUGAGUAAUCCCAAACUUUUCUACGUAGAUCACCCCUUUAUCUUCCUGGUGAAGGACAACAAGACCAACUCCAUCCUGUACAUCGGCAGAGUGGUUAAACCGAAAGGGGACAAGGUGCGCGAUGAGCUAUAAUGUUAGUGUUAUGAAUUGUGAUGGGUGGCUUUUGUUAUUUCUGAAACGGUGGCAGGAAAGUGUGUUUGGUAUGACCUUUACCUCAUGAGCACAUUUCAAUAGGCAACCUGUGGACUGAGCUCACUGCGUCAGGACGCACUAAACCUUCCCAGGGAACAGUUCUGUUUGGAUAUUAGGUCUCAGCCUCAAGACCCCUUGCAUUGAAUAAUGUCCUCAAAUCCAAAUAUUUGCUUCAUUUAAAAUGCAGACAACACACUUAUAUUAAGUAAGUUUUCUCGACACCCUGUUUUUGUCACUAUUGCUUCGGCCACAAACCAUGCGCGUUUACUUUUAUCCUCUUUCAUGUUUAAAGAAGAAAGAAAUGUCUCUUUCCCUUCACAAUUCCAGUUUUCUUUCUUUUCUUUUCUUUUCUUGUUUUUUUUGUUGGCCUUCAGUCUGCACUGAAUUGUUUCCCCUGGUGCUUCAUUCAUAUCCACUCGCCAACCACGUUGUGCCAUUUUGUCACUGUAUUCCACCAAGAAGCUGUUGAAAUUUUGUAUCAUGUAAUACAGUCUUGAUUUUUCAAUAAAUAAUAACAAAGAGGA